CUCUAGCUCGCAUUUUAUCGCAGGCGGCCGGCGCAGCCCCCUCUCCCCAGCCCCGGCCCCGGCCCCGGCCCCCGCCCACCCCGGGGUGGAGGCAGCAGCGCCGAGCCGCCCGCGGGAAGAAAGCAGUGCUCCGCCGGCUCGCGCGCCCCUCCGCGGGGCCAUGCAGAGCCUAUUGCCCCGGUACGAGCGCAGCCCCUCGCCCCGCCGCCCCCCGCGCCCCCUGAGCACCCGCAGAGCUCCGCGCCGCUCCGCGCCCGGCGGUGGGACGGGGCCGGCACAGGCGGCACAGGAAAGCUCCGCGGCUCUCAGCGCGACUGCCCCGCUGCCCCGGCCAUGGGGAAGGGGCUGGAGGGAACAGCGGCCCGCUGCGGGCUGGGACUGGGAUACCUGCUGCAGACGGUGGUGCUCCCCGCCCUGGCCGUCCUGGGGGCCAGCCGCCCCGGCUCCGCGGCGCAAGAUGAUGAUUUUUUUCAUGAACUUCCGGAAACUUUUCCAUCUGACCCUCCAGAGCCAUUGCCUCACUUCCUCAUCGAACCCGAGGAGGCUUACAUUGUGAAGAACAAGCCCGUGAAUCUGUACUGCAAAGCGAGUCCAGCCACACAGAUCUAUUUUAAGUGCAACAGCGAGUGGGUUCAUCAGAAGGACCAUGUGGUGGACGAGAGAGUAGAUGAAACCUCCGGUCUGAUUGUCCGAGAGGUGAGCAUCGAGAUUUCCCGUCAGCAGGUCGAGGAGCUCUUUGGGCCCGAGGAUUACUGGUGCCAGUGUGUUGCCUGGAGCUCUGCAGGCACCACCAAGAGCCGGAAAGCCUACGUCCGCAUUGCAUAUCUCCGGAAAACUUUUGAGCAGGAGCCAUUGGGGAAAGAAGUAUCCCUGGAGCAAGAGGUCCUGCUCCAAUGCCGUCCCCCUGAAGGCAUCCCAGUAGCUGAGGUGGAGUGGCUGAAGAAUGAAGAGGUUAUUGAUCCCGUGGAAGACCGAAAUUUUUACAUCACGAUCGAUCACAACCUGAUCAUCAAGCAAGCCCGGCUUUCUGACACAGCCAAUUACACCUGUGUUGCAAAAAACAUUGUGGCCAAAAGGAAAAGCACCACAGCGACUGUGAUUGUCUAUGUGAACGGAGGCUGGUCUACCUGGACGGAGUGGUCAGUGUGUAACAGCCGAUGCGGGAGAGGCUUCCAGAAGCGCACGAGGACCUGCACCAACCCUGCCCCCCUCAACGGUGGUGCCUUCUGCGAGGGCCAGAGCGUUCAGAAAAUAGCUUGCACCACUCUGUGUCCAGUGGAUGGCAAGUGGACGUCCUGGAGCAAGUGGUCCACCUGUGGCACGGAGUGUACUCACUGGCGCCGGAGGGAGUGCACGGCCCCAGCGCCAAAGAACGGGGGGAAGGACUGUGAGGGGCUGGUGCUGCAGUCCAAGAACUGCACUGACGGGCUCUGCAUGCAGGGUUUCAUUUAUCCUAUUUCAACUGAACAGAGAACCCAGAAUGAAUAUGGAUUUUCUUCUGCUCCUGACUCGGAUGACGUUGCUCUCUACGUCGGGAUCGUCAUAGCCGUGAUCGUGUGCCUGGCUAUUUCCGUGGCCGUGGCCCUCUUUGUCUAUCGCAAGAACCAUCGUGACUUUGAGUCAGAUAUUAUUGACUCCUCGGCGCUAAAUGGGGGAUUUCAGCCUGUUAACAUCAAGGCUGCAAGGCAAGACCUCCUGGCAGUGCCACCAGACCUCACUUCUGCUGCAGCCAUGUACAGGGGUCCUGUUUAUGCCUUGCAUGAUGUCUCUGAUAAAAUCCCAAUGACCAAUUCUCCAAUCCUGGACCCGCUCCCUAACUUGAAGAUCAAGGUUUAUAACACCUCUGGUGCGGUAACUCCCCAGGAUGACCUCUCUGACUUCUCCUCCAAGCUGUCCCCACAGAUUACACAGUCUCUUCUGGAGAAUGAGACCCUGAACAUGAAGAACCAGAGCCUUGCUCGGCAAACUGACCCAUCGUGCACUGCAUUUGGGACCUUCAACUCCUUAGGAGGUCACCUAGUAAUUCCCAAUUCAGGAGUAAGCUUGCUGAUCCCAGCAGGUGCCGUUCCACAAGGGAGAGUCUAUGAAAUGUAUCUGACAGUUCACAGAAAGGAGAACAUGAGGCCGCCUGUAGAAGACAGUCAAACCCUGCUGACACCAGUGGUGAGCUGUGGCCCACCAGGAGCCCUGCUAACCCGGCCCGUCAUUUUAACCAUGCACCACUGUGCAGAACCAAACACAGAGGACUGGCAGAUCCAGCUGAAGCACCAGGCUGCCCAAGGACCAUGGGAGGAUGUGGUGGUGGUUGGGGAGGAAAAUUUCACCACUCCAUGCUAUAUCCAGCUGGACCCAGAGGCCUGCCAUAUCCUGACAGAAACCCUCAGCACGUAUGCCUUGGUGGGACAGUCAAUCACCAAAGCAGCAGCCAAACGUCUCAAACUGGCCAUCUUUGGACCACUGUCCUGCUCUUCGCUGGAGUACAGCAUCCGGGUCUACUGCCUUGAUGACACACAGGAUGCCCUUAAGGAGGUCCUGCAGCUUGAGCGGCAGAUGGGUGGGCAGCUUUUGGAGGAGCCCAAAGCUUUGCAUUUUAAGGGAAGCACUCACAAUCUCCGUCUGUCCAUUCACGACAUUGCCCACUCUCUCUGGAAGAGCAAACUGCUGGCUAAAUACCAGGAGAUUCCCUUUUACCACAUCUGGAGUGGAUGUCAGAGAAACCUGCACUGCACCUUCACACUGGAAAGGUUCAGUCUGAAUACCCUGGAGCUGGUGUGCAAACUCUGUGUGCGGCAGGUCGAAGGAGAAGGACAGAUCUUCCAGCUCAACUGCUCUGUUUCAGAGGAACCUACUGGCAUCGAUUAUCCUCCCAUGGACUCAGCGGGCACCAUCACCACCAUAGUAGGGCCCAGCGCUUUCAGCAUCCCCCUCCCGAUAAGGCAAAAGCUGUGCAGCAGCCUGGAUGCACCCCAGACCAGAGGCCACGACUGGAGGAUGCUGGCCCACAAGCUGAAACUGGACAGGUACUUAAAUUAUUUUGCUACAAAAUCGAGCCCCACCGGUGUGAUCCUGGAUCUCUGGGAAGCCCAGAAUUUCCCUGAUGGCAACCUGAGCAUGCUGGCAGCAGUUCUUGAAGAAAUGGGAAGACAUGAAACAGUUGUUUCUUUGGCAGCAGAAGGAAAUUACUAAUGCAGCCUUGGCGUGAACAGGAAGGACAGACGCAGAGAGCGGUAAUGCCCUGUUAUUGCAAACGAGAAUUGAAAUGAAAACCCAGACCAAUGAGUUACACAAGAGACAUUUCAGAGAAGAAAGCAAGCAAGCAAACAAACAAAAAAACCAGCCCUGACCUUCACACAUGUUCUCCUUGUACAUUAUCACAGGAUCAAAAAGAAAUCAUGCAAAGUUGUACCUUGAAAAUAUAAAUCAACAAAAUGUUCCUCUCGGCUUGGCUGUACACUGCUUGGUACAGGAUUUUACAGUUUCCUAGGAAACGCUUUUUAUUGCUAUCCAGAUAUAUGGAUAAACUUUCUUAACAAUCCCAGUUUCUAUGGAUGUUGUUUACAUCAAAUUCUGGACAGGGGUAAGGAGACUGUCCAUGGCUCUUUAUAUUUUUUGUUUAAAGCCAUUCUAGACAAGGCUAUGGACAGGUGGUUGUGGCUAUUAUUGGUUUCUGGUGAAUUCAGAUUUUGGCUACAAUUCUGCACAUUGGUUGUCUCGCAAUGAUCCUUCUGUCAUCGUUCUGUUUCCUAGACCUACUUGUAAAAAAAAAAAAAAAAAAAGAAAAUCAGGGUUUGAGAGGUGUGCAUCUGGAAAGCAGGUACUCUGGCUGAUAAGCAGGAACACAAGUAAUGUUCCCUUCCUUUCCCGAAGCAGCCCCACUAAGCCUGUGUGGAGAACAGCUAUAAGACAGUGGGGAAUGCAGGAUCUGAGUUAGUUUUCAAUUCACACCCUUUCCACCCCUUUUCUAUAUGAGGGGGCCAGAUAUGCAAUUCAGAGUGUUGGGGGGAGGGAAUAGAAACCCAGAAAAAAAUAAAAGAGAAGUUACUAUGAUAAUUUUUUUACUGAUUAGUACCUAGUGCAAGGAUUAUAAUGACUAUUAUUAUUACCAUUAUUACUUUAUUUCUAAUUUUGUCAGCAGCAGAAUGAAUAAUUUCUGAUUUUAUGGAACCUGUUGUCCCUUUCCUGAAGGUCUUCUAAGACAUGUUCUUCUCUAUAACAUCUGUCCUUCCCUUUGUCAGCCAUCGUACUCCUCCAAAAAAGUCCUCUGCCAACCCACACAGGUUGCCCACCUCAUGUUAGCACUGCUGUGCAUCAUGCCAGAUGCAAAGGCAGUAAAAACUGGUGACACUCUGCUGAAGUCACUGAUCUGCACUCACCAAGUAUGUGUCCCAACACCCUUCCCUGGGAUGUUUUACACCACCCUGGUGCUCACAGGUUGCUCCAAGAAGCAGUCUUGUCCCAAGGUGGCUGUGAACCAGAGGCUGUCUCCCAGUCCUAAUACAUAUGGACCACUAGUUCAAGACCAGAGGUCUUGCAAGCAUGUGGAGGCACCGACAUUGGCCACCUGAUUUGUGCAUCGAGGGUGGGUCUCCAUAUUGUUUGCUUUGUUAUGAAAUGGUCUAAGAGCCAGCAACUCCUGUUCAUUCCCCACAGAGCUGCAGGCACUCACUUUUACCGAAACCCACCACCUCUUGUGAUGUUUGCCACGGUUGCGGUUACUGACAGUCCAACCCUCUGCUGGGCCAUUUCUGUGUGAGAUGCACUUGGUGAUCUCCACAGACACUCCCAGGCUUUGCUGCAGCCUGUGUCAUGUGGGUCAGUGUAGGGCAAUGGAGUGGUGAAGUUGAAAUCUCGUGUACUGCAGUUUGCUGCCUUCACUGUGCUCCUGCCACCACCGCUGCCUAGGCAGGGAGGUGCAGGUUCUCACCGGCUGAUCAGGAGACGUUUGUCCCUCUAGGCCACCACAAACAGGUAAAUUGGGAAUUUUGAAAAAGAAGCAAACCAAAAAUGGUUGUCAUUUGAGAGUGCAUAGCAUUGCAGUAGUUUCACUGGCAGUCUUAUCUGUCCUCUACUUCUGGCACAAAAAGCCUUUCUUCUUCCCCAGCCCACCCACUCCAGGUUUCCAGCCAGGCCCUGGUUAUUGCUUUUGUGCACAACAUGCAUGCCCCUGCCCACAUACAUAUUCCCACUCCAUAUGCUUUCUGUGACUGGAGUUGGCUUGUUCUCUUUUGUGGCUUUGGUUUUGUUUUCCCCAAGGCUUUCCAGAUUCGGCUUUUGAAGGUAACUUUGAAAAUGUCAUUGGUCAAAAUGAAAAGAAAAUUUAAUCUGAACCUUUUUUUCCAUUUGACAUUUCCAUAGGCUUGGCACCUUUUGUUUCUCAGCUCCCUGACCAGUAAAUAAGGUCAAUCAAAACCAGUGGGGGUUUUGAUUGACCGCUGGGGCAGUGAGCACAAAAGUUCCCUUCCUUGUAGGAGGUAACCUGGCAGUUUUCCAACCAGCAUUUCAGUCAAAACCAGAGACCAGAGGAUAUACAUUGUAACUUUCAAAAUCUGUUUGCGUUUAGUCUGUGUAGGCCCCACCUUCUCUUAAGGUGGAGAUUAUAUGGGCAUUCUUUCAACAGCCAACCCUUCUUUUUCAUCUUGGGCAUCUGAUGCAGCCCAUUGCAAUGCUAAUGUAAAUUUUGCUUUCAACUUCAGGACGUUUGGACUGGGGCUUCCAGCUCUGCACUUUCUCCACACCUUGUACUCACCUUGGAGCACUAAAAUAGGUCUCCGCUUUUUUUUUUCCAUCUUAAGGUGUUACCAGUUGUAUUUAAGUUUGUGCUUCUUCACCUUUCCCAUGUGUCCUUCCUUCAUGACUCUGCGUCCAAGGCGGUGCAUGAGUUGAACUGUCCUUCGACCCUUUCCUGUCUUUCAGCUCAGUCUGUGUUGGCUGAUCCCCAGGCUCACUGGUGCUCCCCAGCUCUCAGCUUUUGCCAGAUGGGCAGCGUGUGCACCCUUCUCACCAGGGUCACACCAGAAAGUGUCUCAUAGUUAUCUGUAUUGCUAUGAGUGGAUGCUCCUUUUGCCAGCUCUCUGACCUACAUUCUCAUGCCUCCUGCAAGAAAAACAGAUGAACAACUUUCUUAAAGUAUUCUGGGGCAUUUUCCUUUCACAGCAUCAUAGUAAAGGGGAUUUAUUGUGAGGAAAAAUGCACACUCUGAUUAAGAGGAGCAUCCACAGAGGUGGCUGGAGGAACAUAACCAUUCAUCACUGAACAUGACUAGGGGCAGCAGCAUCACCAUCACUGGGUGGUGGAGCUGCUCUUCUUCCACCCCAGCUGCUCAGAAACCUUCUGUCACCUGCUGCAAUCAUGAGCUGUAUGGUUUCUUCCUACCUGCUCCAUAAGCCUUUGCAGGAUCCCAGCACAGCAUAGUGUCAGCUGCCCUGGCCCUGACAGGGCAGGGAGAAGCAGAGGAAGGUUCCUCCACAGAGUCACAGCUCAUCCCAGCAGCUCUGCACUCAUUCUUUGCCACUGCUGCCACUUCGCCUCACACUUCCCUGCAUUAAUUUUGCCCAGCUUUUUCUUUUUUUUCUUGGAGUACAGCAGUGGCUGGGUGUGCAUUGUGGGAGAGGGCUCUGGCAGGGGCUGGUGGCAUUCCAAUCCUGCUGCCCCAAGAAGGGAGCGUGGAAAGCAAGAGCAGCCAGAUCCGCUCACGGUAUUAUUAUUGGUGGGAGAAAAACCAGCAGCAGUCCUUCUGCUUGGAUUGUAUGGACACAGUGCCAUCUUGUGGGGCUGAGCGGUGGCUCCAGCAUGCUGCUGCCACCACGGCGAGCAACUUCGCGUGGGAAAAGGCUUUCCUGUGGGAUGGCUCUGACAAAGACGUUUGGCAGACAGAACAGACUCUUAAAAGUUGUUGUAACAUUUUAUGUCAGGUAAGCACAUCUGCUUUAAAAGGAAAAAAAAAAAAAAAAGGCUGCAGGCUUCUUAUCCUCCAGUUAUUGCUCUUUUUUAAAAUGCAUAUCAUUUUAGUUGUUCACCUUUGUAUCUGAGCAGUCUUGCUGCUCUCCACGCCAUCUCUUCAUUACGUUGAUUACUAGCGCUAUAAAUAGUAUAUAUAUUAUAUAAAUAUAUAUAAAAUAUCUACUGACUUCGAGGAAAACCUUUAAUUUCCAAGUAAACCAUUUAUUGGAGGCAGUCCUUUUCACCUGUUUUUUUUUUCUUCAGUUCUUCUUGUGUUGUGUUCUUGUAAAGGUGACUGUCAGUGUGUAGGGUAACUUUGGGGUUCGGUUGGGUUUUUUUCCAAAAUUUCUGAAUCUUGAAAAUUUUGCAGCAGUGAGGGUCUCCCAGUAUUUGCUUCCAGGGAAGGUUGAGACUUUUUUCUGUCUCACUGGCAGAAAUGCAGACACUCAUAAGACAUGUUGGAGUCUGCAAUACCCACAGAGCAAAACAUGUCUGUUCCUUGGGUUUCUCGCUAUUUCUGUUGCUUACAUAUAGAAUAAAUGUAUUUACAUGCUGUAAGCCUGUCAUUGUGGACAGUGUCCUAAUGUCUUGUAUUGCUACCUACAAUAAGUUUCUUUUUUGUUCUCCUUUUUUUUCUUCUUUUGGGGAUGGGGGUAUGGGAAAGGGAGGGGAGGGGGGGCCCUUAGACCAUUGUAUGCUCUAGCCAAGUAGUUACCACAGCUCUGAGGUUAAUUUUAUACACAAUGAUACUGUUGAGGUUGGCUUGAUUUUGGUUUUGUUGGGGUUUUUUUUAAUCUCAUGUCUAGGACACUUUGUAAACUAUCUUCUUACUGAGUGUUCAGAAGUUUUUUUCAGGAAUUACUCUGGCUCUCAUCUGGCCAUGAAGUAACUUACUGUUUGCAGGCUGGCUUGCUUAAUACCAGGCAGUACAAAGAUGUCAGUGGUUUGUGAAUGGAAACCAAACCUUCGGCCCUUCUCCCACAGGGAUUCCAAUGAAUUACUCACUUUGGGGUCACCACCGCAAUCCAUUCCUAGCUUAUGUGUGAAACCUUGAGUUCAAAAAAUGAGCUGCACUGCAGAUUUUUAAAUGCUGGAGUAUGUAUCUUAGACAUCCUCCGAAGUGGGAAUUUAACAGAGAUGUGAAGUGUCUGUGUGUGUGUGUGUGUAUACACACAGACAAAGAGGAGAAAACAAAGGACUAGUGCUGGAGGAUUUUAGCUCUGAUGUUAGUUAUGGGUAUCCUCUUAUUACCAACUUUUGCUUGGGAAGGAAAAGGUCAAAAUUCGGUGUUGUAUCAUCACUGCAAGGUCAAAUAGGCAAAACAUCAAAAGCCAACAGAGUAAAAACUGGCAACUGGAAUUGGACUUUAACCAAAGUCACGGAAAUGAGCCCUCAAGUUUGGUAGCUCAAGCUCCUUGCUUGUAGAGGAGCAUUUAGUUUAUUUAUGUACUUGUCCUUUAAGCUUGACACUGUUCCCUGAAAUCUGAAAAUCCCUUUAUCUGAAAGUCCUUUGAGAAACUCUCUCUGUGCAAAAAAGCAAUGAUAAUCCAGAGCUCCCACAAACCUGUAUCCUAAAUAGGUAUUUCACUUUUUCUGUGGUGUUAGUUAAACGUAUUUAGUACUGGUUCAGUCUCCUCAACUGCUUACAAAGCCUGCCUUCUUCUCUCAAAGCAUCCCAUGCCAUGGCAUGUAAGUACCUUCUGGAUGCCUGUGAAGAAGCAGGAUGUAAUCAGGCAGGGCCUUCCCAGAAUGACGAGGUAGCUCUCCGAGCACUGGCACUCCGGUCCCCAUCUGCCAGCUUGCAGCUGAUGGGACAAUAGCCCCUAGAUGAGAAAAGCUUGCAGAGCCCCCAGAGCUGCUUUGGCUGCUGCCAGCUGGCUCUUGCUACCACUUGCCAGUAAAUUUGGGAGCUUGCACGAUACAAAUAAAAAGCAAAAUCAGUCUGGAAAGUAAACAAAAUUAGGAAGGAGAGGCAAAACACUCUUCUCCCAUAGACCUUCCAAAGUACCUUGCAAAAACACCGGAGCUGAGAGCCAAUAACCUACUUUGAAGCACGGUGUGUAACACAGCUGAGACAGAAGUUGUGGCAUUACCCGGCAUUACUCUUUUCUCAUAUCUGCAUGGUAGACUUUUUUUGCUAAAACAUAUUUUGUUUGUUAUUGUUUAAGAGUGAGAUAAAAAAAAAAAAAAGUUAAGAUGGUAUCUUCAGUACCUUUCCAAAGCAAAGAAGGAGGGCCUGUAGGAAAUGAAACAUCUGUGCCACCCAGGUGUAUCACAUUUCUCCCUCCCCUUCCCAUGUCACAGCUCUACCAGGGUUCAUGGGAUUUGUUUUCUUUGCUAUUCAGAUCUGGAGAAAUAUUUUGGUUUUGAUUUCCCUAUUGCUGUAUCUUCUAUGCAAUUCCUUUUCUAAAGACUGACUUACUACAGGAGAAGUGCUAGCCAUUGCAUUAUUUGUAUUGGUGUACAGUGGAGAUGUGGUUUACUAGUUCUGAGUGUGCCUCUUACCCCCCUCCCUUUUUCUCCUUCCCUCUGUUUGUAAAUGCCUGCAUUUAUUCUGUCAGCCUGACAUGUACAAAGUGUAAGAAAGAAUUUUUAAACAGGUAAUAAAUUAUAUUUAUAAGCAACUGGAAAAAAAA